UGCGAUAACAUGGAAGCCAAUACGAGGAAAGCGCAAACAGGGAGGUCCUCGUAUUACUUGGCGACACACCUUCAUGGAGGACCUCAGAACAGUGGACACCAGGUGGGAGGAGGCUUCACACAUUACUAAUGAGAGAUCUUUAUGGAGACAGCUUGCCGCCCAAUGCGCCGAAUGGCGCGGGAGGACCUAAGUCUAACACACAAUUGAAACUUAUGCUGCACAGUGCUGGUCACUUUGAACUAGACGUUGACCACCAAGCGGCACCAAACUUCACGUUUGACGAGGAGAUUACGUGGGAAGAACUGCACAAUGAUGUUGUGACCUACCAAAGCUUCUUUGAAGAGCUAACGAAUGAGAUCUCCAAACUUUCACUAAAUGGUAGUACAUUUCUCUUCUCAGCAAUACAUAAAUAUAUGUUAGAGGUGCGGUGGCUGAGCGGCAAAGCGUUCGGCUUCUGAAACGGGGCUCCCGGGUUCAAAUCCUGGUGAAGAGUAGGCUAUUUAAUUUCGGGAUCUUUGGGCGCCUCUGAGUCCACCCAGCUCUACUGGGUACAUGACGUUAGUUGGGGAAAAGUAAAGGUGGUUAGUCGCUGUGUUGGCCACAUGACACCCUCGUUAACCGUAGGCCACAGUUACAGAUGAUCUUUACAUCAUCUGCCCUAUAGACCACAAGGUCUGAAAGAGGAACUUUAAUUUUUAUGUUAGGUUCUUUUGUCAAGCUUUAAUAAAGUCUGUGUGGUCUAAACGUUCUACAUGUUAUAUUUAUCCACGUCCUAGUCCCAUUCUCGGAUCAAGUCUAGACUUUCCACAACUAUUCAUUGUCUAUGACAACACAUGAAUCAAUACACAAAUGUAUCAAAUAUUUAAUCGAUUCGUUUAAAAUGUACUAUCAAUCGGCGGCAAGCGAAUCGUGACAAAACAAUUUCAACACCCAUCCUCGGAUAAGUCUAGACUUUGCACUAGUAUUCAUUGACUUUGACAACACAUGAAUCAAUACACAAAUGUACCAAAUAUUGAAAUCGAUCAGUUUAAGAUCUACUAUCAAUCGGCGGCAAGCGAAUCGUGACAAAACAAUUUCAACACCCAUCCUCGGAUAAGUCUAGACUUUGCACUAGUAUUCAUUGACUAUGACAACACAUGAAUCAAUACACAAAUGUACCAAAUAUUUAAAUCGAUCAGUUUAAAAUCUACUAUCAAUCGGCGGCAAGCGAAUCGUGACAAAACAAUUUCAACACCCAUUUUACAAUUUUCACGACAGAAAUCAAAACCACUACACCACUGAAUGGACAUUAAUUACAUGAUUGAUGGGAUUUAACAUUAAGGACAGUGUAAACUCGCAAAUUAUUAUUUUAAAAAUUGUUUAUUUUAAUAAUAAAACAUGCUUUUCAAAAUGUGUUAUUAUGCACACACAUAAAAUAGUUAAUACUUUUUGAUAAAAACUAUUUUUCUAUUGACAAAUUCUAGCUAAAGUUAUGAAAGAACGAGAUAAUUAUCACGUGAAGGUAUCACAAUAACAACUACAGCUAGCUCACGUAGAGUUGUUAAUGAUUUAUAUUAAUAGAAAACAAAUAAUUAAUUUAUAUUAAAAGA